AAGUCAUAUUCUUCCUCCCUAGCUUAGUUCCGAUAUGAUAUAGGGUUUUUCAGAUCUACUUUUAGAAGAGCCUCACACCGGAGAUUUAUCUGUUUUCUCUUGGAGAAAACUGAAGAUCGUUCUUUCCUAAUUACUAAUCUUCUAGUCUCUUUCGAUUGUUAAUGGAGAUCUAACAUAUUCCUCCUCAUCGCUCAAGCUUAGUUCUCACUACGCGCACUAGUACUACGCCAGUAGGAAAAAUGGCUCGUUAGUUCACACAAUGGUAUCGAACCCUAGCUACUUGUUCGAUGGUGACCCCGUCCCUGCUGAUGAUUUAUAAAAGUUAAAGCUCCAUUGUUUUAGCAAAACAAUUAAGCUUAAUACAUAAUGGCUGACGCUGUGGCAGCCACGAUUGCGGGGACGAAGUUGACACAAAAGAUCUGCAAUGAAUAUAGGAGAGGUGCAUUCUCGCGUAAGAACAGGCAGCGUCAAUUUGAUGGGUCAAAAAGCCAGCUAGAAGUGAUACAAGCUUUAAGUAACUGUUCUAACGAAGAAUCUCAAGAGGGUUCAGUGGAAUUUCUUAUGUUUUCAAAAUUAUUGGAAGCUAAGAAUAGCUUGGAAGAUGUUUAUUUUGAAAUUCUCUGGUUGGAGGAGGUGGCUACUGCUGCUGCUGCUGCUUCGGGGAGAGGGACAACAGGAGGAAUUCGUUUCGCGAACCUAAUGAGGAAAAAAUUUCACGAGUGGGUUUUGUCAAGAAUGAAGAAUUCGUCCAUUCGAUCACAAAUGAAGGACAUCGAUUCAACAUUUUCUGAAAUAAGCCAAUUACAUGGCAUGAGGAGGAGUACUAGUAGUAGUCCGGCUACUUCCAUAGAAAGAAGAAGAUCAGAUAUGACAUCAUUCAUGAUGAAGACUUCUCCUCCGACUACUGAUUAUCCUAUUAUGGGAUUUGAAGAGUGCAUUGAGAAAUUGGGGGCACGUUUGACAGGAGAAGGUUACAAGAAUCAAGUUAUUGUCAUAUGCGGUGAAGUGGGUUCAGGAAAGACAGUUCUUGCAGGGGAGAUUUACCAACAUGAACAAGUCAGGCAUCACUUUACUUCUUUGGCUUGGGUUACUAUUCCUGAUAUUCAUCAAGUACAGUUGGAAGCCAUGCAUAUGUUGAAAGAGAUUUUGACUAGUCUUGAUCCUUCCAAAAGUGAUACUGUGGAGUGUGAAGUCGAACAGGUGCUCUCUCAAGUUCUUGAACAAAAUAAGUGUCUUGUGGUGAUCGAUAAUAUUCAAUCUCCUGGGACAUUAUGCCAACUUUUGAAGAAGGUAUUCCCCAAAGACAAAGAUUCAGGAAGCAAACUCUUACUAACUAGUCAAAGAAAGAAUGUGGCUCGUGACGUGGAUAAGGAUUCUAUGUUGUUUAAACCUUCUGGUCUUGAUCAAAAUACUAGCAAGGAAUUGAUUUUAGCAUAUUUACAAAAACAUGACAUAGAUUUAGAAAGUGACAUACAGAUCGAAGCACUAGUAAGAAAAGUGGUCAAAGAAUGUGCUGGUUUACAACCAACCAUUUUACCAGGAACAGCGAUUGGGCUUGCACAACUUUUGUUGAGAAACAAAGACAAUAUUGUUGAUACGUUGAGGACAAUGUUGAAUAAUUGUGUUAAAAAAUGUAUUUUGAAAGGCAAAGUCAAUGAUCUAGAAGACUCCAGCAGCCAUAGCUAUGUAAGUUUAUCUGACUCAAUCAAAAAGAGUUACAAUCACUUUUUUCACGAUGAAGAUAUAAUAAAAAAAUCCUCGUUCAAGCAUUUGGCCAGUUUCCCAGAGAACUUUGUGAUAAGAGUAACAGACUUAUGCCAACUAUUGAUGGUGGAGUUAGGCCCAGAAUGGAAGCCAAUGUUCAGCAAAACUGGCAUUUCACCAGAGUUCAACGAGGAGGAGGCAUAUUUUGUGUUAGCCGACUUGGAAGAAAAGUCUAUGGUUAGUGCAGUAGAGUUUUCAUCCACGGGUGGGAUUAAAGCUAUUGUCUUAAAUGGUAUUAUGAGAGACUUUUGCUUGUCAAUGGCUGAGAAAGAUAACCUGGUACAAGUCAUUGAUAUUCGAAACGUAGACAAGGUAAUUGGGUCUUCAUCUUCUGUGCCAUGGAAAGAUCAAUAUCGAGGCAAAAAGAUAAGGAGGCUUGUAAUUGAUGUGUUAAUGGAAGCCAAACAGUAUCUUAUCUUAUCUAAAGACACUAUAUAUAAUAGCCUUUCCUCUUUCAUUUGCUUCAAGACCCUUCCUGCAGGCUCCGGAUUGGAAAAACUGUUGAAACGCUUUCCAAAACUAAGAAUUCUCAAGCUUGAAAACCAAGAAAGCUUUGUGAAAGUGCCAAAGAGUGUAGGAAAGAAUGUUAAAUUCUUGAUGCUAUUUAGCCUAAAGAAUAGCUAUGUGAAUGAAGUGCCAUCUUCCAUUGGGAAAUUAAUGUUCCUUCAAACCCUAGAUUUGAGAACCAAGUGUGCUUUGAAACUACCAAAUGUUUUGUGGAAGUUGAGAAGGCUGCGGCAUUUGUAUUUGCCACAUGAAGGGUACAGUGUAAAAGGGAGAAGGAAAUUGCGGCUGGACGGCCUUGUUGAGUUGCGAAAACUAGUGAAUAUUUUGAUUGAGGACUGUGAUUUCAACAUUUUGAUGUCAGAAUUUGUCAAACUUGAAAAGUUGGUCAUACUUGUUCGGUCAAACCCCGCGAUGCCUCUUCAAACUAUAAGUAGCAGCGGAAAUAUUCGCUUCAAAUCUCUCAAGUCUCUUGCUGUGGAAAUUUUAGGUGGUGAGGACUUGGAUAUAGCUCCGUUGUUAUCGAGUUGCAUGGAAUCACUUGAAAAGCUUCGUCUAGAUGGGAUUCGGACGUUUCCUGCAUUUGCAGCCAUGUUCCCUCCACAGCUCCUUAAGAUUACUCUGAUGAAUUCUUAUCUCAGAUAUGAUCCAAUGAUGAUAAUGGGAAAGGUACCGAAUUUGAAGUUCCUUCGGCUUGGUAAAAAUGCCUUGAGUGAUGGGGUUGAGAUCGUCAAGUUCAGCCAAGGGGAUUUUACUCGUCUUCAAUUUCUUAGCUUUGAGGGACAGCAAAGAUUAACGACUUGGUCUGUGGAAGGAUGUUUGCCUCGUUUUGAGAGUUUGGAGAUUGUAAAUUGUGAGAAUUUGAAUUCAAUUUCAGAGGCAUUGAGAAGACUUCCAAAGCUCAAGCAAGUUCUGAUUCAGGAGAUGCCUCCUCAUUUCAGAACUGAGGUGGAAGGACAAUUCCCAUAUUUAACUAUCCUUUCAGGCAUAUAGGUUUGAUGAUGAUCAGCAGCAAGUUACGCCAAGGAUGAAGAUCAUUCUAGCUUGAUGGCGAUUUGGCUUUUGUGUUAUAUACUUUUUUAUUUUAUUUUAUCUAUUUUUUCAGAUAAUAAGGAUCCAUGGAAAAGUUUUGUAGUUUUGUUUGUGGAUAUUUGUUUGGUUGCAUCAGUACAUAUUUUUAUUUUUGUAAAAAAGCUGGAGAAAUUUUGAAUUAUUUUGUGUGUGGAUAUUUUAUGAUAUCUAUAUGCAUGUUGUAUAUA